UCAACAGAGAGAGAAGAGCACAGCCACAUACAGUCACAAUGGCCUGCACAAGGUUCUGCUUGGUUUUUGUGAUGAUGACCGUCACCAUCCCUCUUGUCGUAGGGACCCCACCCUACUGGAGUCACCCCCCGACAUGCUACUCCAAGGUGCUGGCCAUGGGCAGGGAUGUCAGUGCGCACGUAGCUGAAAUCAAGCGUGAUCCUGAGACUAGCCGUUGCACUGAGCACAUGCCUCAUCUGUACAUCGAUGUGCAUAACGCCUGUGUGAUGGAGACCAUGCGCAGCUUCAUGACCAUGGUGGACCGCAUGCGACACCAGCGCUGCGGCUUCACACUCAAGGUGCGGGAGCUGCGCUCCAAGCUGGGACAGCUGUAUAUGAUCAUCGAGCGACGCUGCCAUGGGGACUUGGUGUUCACGAUUGAUGACUGUGCAGCCUUGGUCUCAGAGCGAACAACUUAAAUCCGCUGUGUUUAUUGAGAUCAAAAUGUUUGAUUAUUUGCUAGCUACAUAUUGAGUUUGAUUUGCUACAUAUUGAGAACACAUUUUGCAUUAAAAUAACAUAAAUGCCUAUGCACAUUCUACAAAAAUCUAAUCAGUUCCUUCCCACCCAUGUAAUGUUUUUCCUUUUCCGUACAGGUACAUGUACAUAGUGAAUGAGAACUGGGAGAUGUGCAGUCAUCCUCCACUAGGUGGCAAUAUUGCACAAGAUAGGCCUGAGAUAGGCAUGGGAGGCAAGAUAGGCAUGAUAGGCAUGGGACAAAGGACAAUUUAUUAGCAACUAAUUAUCAGUAUAAACAAACUGUAUGCAUCUGUUCAGCGUAAAACCAUGCUCCAUUUCACUGUAAAAUCACUCAGUUCAUCUUCUCUUCUCUUCUCUUCUCUUCUCUUCUCUUCUCUUCUCUUCUCUUCUCUUCUCUUCUCUUCUCUUCUCUUCUCUUCUCUUCUCUUCUCUUCUCUUCUCUUCUCUUCUCUUCUCGUCUCUCUGAAAGAAUCUGGAAAGAUAAUGCACAGCAAAAUUUGGGGUGUUAAACACAACACUGGAAUGUAACGCAUGCACUAUAUAUGUGUGUAAUCUUUACGUUUUUGUUUUACAUAUUUGUGUGUAACCUUUAUGUUUUCUGUAUUUGUUUAUUAAAUAUU